GAUAGUUAACCCAUUAAGGCCCCCAUUUUACGAUUCCCGACCGCGGACCUCCUCGAUUCUAUUCUGGAGGCUCGAAGCAAUCUCUGGGUGAGGCCGACUCGAUUUCCUCACCAAGUGUUAGACGCGAAGAUUAAUUGCAGAAGAGAUCGGCUUUCUUGACAGGAGGGAGAAUCUGUGUUUCCACGGACGGAGAAAAAGCGCCAUCUUUUCUCAUCUUUCGUUGCCUACCCAAGCAUGCUCCUUUCAUAGGAUGCCCCGACUAAAAUGUCUUCAAUCAAGGGACCUUUUGCUCUGAGAUGAAUCUCGGAAUGGCUAUGAAUACCACCAAUGGAGCACGUUAUGGGGCUUCCUUUCUCCCACUUUAUCUUCCUAGAGGGGUAAAGUUCACUAAUCGAUUUCAACCUAUAUACCUCCAACUAGCGAAUGACGUGGAACUAAGUCCAAGUGUUUCUCAAAAGCAGAACCUUCUACUAAGCAGAGAAGAAGUUAUUAAAGAAAAAAUAAUUUUAUCUCAAGAGAAGAAUAUUCAGAGACUCAAUCUACUUGUCCAGAGCCUUCAACAGCAAUUAACGCAAUGCCGCAACAUCAAUAACUCCAUAAGCUUCACUGAAAAUAGUUUGGGAACAAAUGCCAAUGAGACUGAGAAGCAGCAGAUCCUGGAAGAUUAGCCUGAUCUGCAUUAAUGUAAUAUAUAUAUAUUUUUUGUGACAAAAAGAUCCCAUUAAAUGUAGUUUAUUGUGGAUCAGACCAUAAUUCCUUGGUUAAAAUACUGAAGGGGAUGUGUUGUUGUGGCUGGCUGUUGAUGUUUUGUAUAGUAUUACUGCUGAAACCAUGAAAUAGAUUAAUUUUGUUCAA